GUCACCCUAGUUGUUUGGAAGGAGCAAAAAAAGGCACAAGAGGUGAAAUUAGCUCAAAAAUAUACCGGCUCGGCUUUGGUUUUAUGGUUAAAAAUUUCUGAAUUUGUCAUUUUGAACCAUGUCUACCCCGGCCCGGAGGCGACUUAUGAGAGAUUUUAAAAGGCUUCAAGAAGAUCCUCCUGCUGGAGUCAGUGGUGCCCCAUCAGAAAAUAACAUCAUGCUGUGGAAUGCAGUGAUAUUUGGCCCAGAAGGCACACCAUUUGAAGAUGGAACUUUUAAGCUUGUGAUCGAAUUUUCAGAAGAGUACCCAAAUAAACCCCCAACUGUCCGAUUCAUCUCAAAAAUGUUCCAUCCAAAUGUUUAUGCUGAUGGAAGCAUAUGUUUAGAUAUCCUUCAGAAUCGCUGGAGUCCCACAUAUGAUGUGUCAUCUAUUUUAACCUCUAUUCAGUCCCUCUUGGAUGAACCAAACCCAAACAGUCCCGCCAACAGCCAGGCAGCCCAGUUGUACCAAGAGAACAAGAGGGAGUAUGAGAAGAGGGUCUCUGCUAUUGUAGAACAAAGCUGGAAUGACUCCUAACAACAGAGUAGAGUGCUCCUCACCACUGUUAUCAAUCUCUCAUUUACCUCAUCAGGAAUAAACAGUCAACAACAGAAGAACUUUUAAGUGCCACACAUUUGGAAAGAAAUAGGGACUUUUACUUGCUUGCCAAUAUGUUUGAAAUCUACCUUUGAGGUUUGUGUUAUUGUUUUUAAUUUUUUAUUGCAUGAUGUGAAAUAAGUUAUUGCUAACAAAACUUGUAAUAUAUCUUUAUUUCCUUUUUUGUUGGUUUGAUGCUGUUACUUUUCAGUUUCUACCAAACUUUUUUUUAAUGUUUAUCUUGGUUUGAAGAACACAGGCUGUGAAGAGUUUUUUGUUGUUGGUUUUACUGGUGCAAUGGCAGAUCACAUUUUAAUUUUUUUGGUUUUGUCCAAACAAUGGCUGCUCCCUAAAAAAAUGAGGAUUUAAUCAGUGUCACAGUCCUGUCCUUUAUCAGAAAGAUGCAGUGGAAUGUUGCUCUGGCAACUUUAGAUCUGUCCAAACUGUAAUUUUCUAAUCAAAUUUCUCUAAUUAAAAAGAACUACAGUCCCCGCAAAUUUAACAGUGUAUCUUGACUUGGAAGUGAAAUCUAUUUUAAUUUGCUUUUCAAAAGCAGUUUGACCCAAAUCCUUGUGAAGGAAAAGCACUUCUUGUGCAGAAAUGUUCAGCUGUAAUAGGUUGAAUCCACUAAGCAUGUGAAAAAAAUGAAAAACAAAAUUACUUUUUAGUUUUAAAAAUGGUUUCUAUGAAGGUCUUCUUUCCUUGCCUUUCUCACCACGAUCUGCCAUUUCCAUACACCUGCUGAAGUCUAGAUAUGGUUUUCUCUGUGUGUUUGUUUCUUUUUUAAUGCGGCAUCCAAUUAAAGGUAACUAAAAAUAAAGAGCAUUUGUUCACCCUGUCUUAUGUCCAAGAAAACAAUUGUUGAUGGCAAAAACAUUUUUUCAUUAAAUCAGAUUUUAUUUAGAGAAUAUUGAUUACUUAGUGGAAACAUAAUUUUGUUUCCACUUAAUAUAAUGAAAAGGGAGAUGUUAUAAAUUAGUAUUUUGUGAAUUUAUUAAGACACAAUGUAAACUUCUAAUAUGCUGUAUAAACAUAAUAAAAAACAUUUUGCAGACUUUGA